GAGGUGAGGAAAGGAGAAGGCCUGCAGCAAGAUGGAUGCAGGCAGCAAGGAGGUCUUGAUGGAGAGCCCACCGGACUACUCAGCAGGCCCCCGGGGCCAGUUCCGCAUCCCCUGCUGCCCAGUGAACCUCAAACGCCUUCUCAUCGUGGUUGUGGUGGUGGUCCUUGUCGUUGUGGUGAUCGUAGGGGCCCUGCUUAUGGGUCUUCACAUGAGCCAGAAACAUACUGAGAUGGUCCUCGAGAUGAGCAUUGGGGCACCAGAAGCCCAGCAACGCCUGGCCCUGAGUAAGCAUGCGGGUACCACUGCCACCUUCUCCAUCGGCUCCACUGGCAUCAUCGUGUAUGACUACCAGCGGCUCCUGACUGCCUAUAAGCCAGCCCCAGGAACCUACUGCUACAUCAUGAAGAUGGCUCCAGAUAACAUCCCCAGUCUUGAGGCUCUCACUAGAAAGUUCCAGAAUCUACAGGCCAAACCUGCAAACCCUAAGCUGGGCCAGGAGGAGGGGCAUGAGGGAGGCUCUGCUUCCUCAGGAGGAGACCUGGCCUUCCUGGGCCUGGCCGUGAGCACCCUGUGUGGAGAGGUGCCUCUCUACUAUAUCUAGGAC